AUGGUUGAAAAUCAAUCGCCAAAAGAACGAUCAGACGAUGAGGAACCGGAAAGUGAAACAGAAAAACAGCUUUCCAGGGAGGAGUACAUGGAAAUCUUGAAGAAAUGGUUGGACGAUGCACGAUCAUGGCAGUACAACGUAUGUGCUAUGUUCCCUCCAAGUCUUUUUCUAAACCAUCAACUUCAUAGCACUUACAACAAUCUGUGGUACAACCCAUUGCAAGGCUUUACAACUAGCAGCACUACUAGCAAUAUCAACACUUUUUAUCAGGCUUCCACACGAUUUUCACCACCUGGUACUUAUGAAUUUGUGAUAUCACCACUUUGGAAACGAGCUGUUGCUGAGAUGAUGGAUUUCUUGUUACUAUUCCUAAUAAAAAUGGCCCUGACUUUUCUACUUAUUGAAAGUUUUGAUAUAAUUGAUUUGAGUUUAUAUGGAUAUGAGUCAUUUCAAAAGCAUCUGGAAGACCCAAACAUGGCAAUGCCUAUGGCUGUUGAACUCCUUACAUUGGAACUUUUACAUAGAGUAAUUGUUGCCGCUUAUGAAACAUUUUUCUUGAAAGGCAAACAGUGUGCUACUCCUGGCAAAAGGUACAUGGGAUUGAUUGUGAUAACUGCAGAAAGUAUAACACCUGUUCCUGGUAGAGCCAAUGAAACUAUAGCUGUUACAGGGGCCUCAGUUUUAAGCUGGAGAAAAGCACUAGGAAGGGCACUGUUGAAGAACUUGUUUGUAGGACUGUUUUUGCCUUUAUGCGUAGCAUUUUACAUUUUUCCACACAAUAGGACGAGUUAUGAUAUGAUGUCUAAUAGUAUUGUGGUUGAGUAUCAUCAUGAAUUUAUGGUCCUCAAUGGUAGGGAUUAA